AUGAUUGAUGAGGCGCACGAGCGAAGUCUCUACACAGAUCUACUGCUGGGUGUGUUGAAGAAGUCUGUCCAACACUCUUUAAUCUUUGCCUUUGGCUACUUAGCUAAGAUGACGCGAUUCGCAGAAUUAGGCGCAAGCGCCCGUCGCUUCGGCUGAUAGUGUCGUCGGCUACUUUGGAUGCUAGAUCGUUCUUAGAAUACUUCACUUCCGGGACACAUCCAGACGACGCCACUAUCAUUAGUCUGGAAGGGCGUAUGUUUCCUGUUGAGGUCGCUUACCUUCAAGAGCCCGCUCCAGAUUAUGUGAGGAAGGCGGUUGAAGUUGCAUGGAGUAUUAACCUGCAGGUGCGUAAUCUGGACCUUCUGGUUCUUCGCCACAUUACCCCUAUUACGCAGCACGGCGGUGGUGACAUUUUGAUAUUCCUGACGGGACGUGAAGAAAUAGAUAGAUGCUUGGAGGAACUCACAGAACUUAUUCCUACACUUCCACGAGGAGCUACACAGAUAAUUCCUCUUGCACUGCACGCCGGCUUAAGCACAGAAGAACAGCUCAGGGUUUUUAACGUUGCAGAGCGAGGGACGCGAAAGGUCAUCGCCGCCACAAACAUCGCAGAAGCCAGCGUCACCAUCGAUGGGGUGAAGUUUGUUGUCGACAGUGGGUUUGUAAAGAUACGGACAUACAACCCAACUACUUUCCUUGCCUCCUUGUCGACAGUCCCUGUUUCCCGAGCAUCUGCUAUACAGAGGGCUGGUCGUGCCGGACGGACCUCGCCAGGAAUUUGCUAUCGUUUAUAUCCUGAAUCCGUUUUCGCUUCUCUUCCUACGAGCACGCCGCCUGAAAUUACUCGUACUGACAUGACCACUCCGAUCCUGCAACUAAAAUCCUUAGGUAUAGAUGACCUUAUGAAGUUUGAAUGGGUCUCGGCACCUCCAGCAGAAAGCAUUCUACGUGCGCUUGAAGGGCUCUUUGCUGCAGGAAUGAUUGGCGACGAUGGCCUCCUUACUCCAAUCGGCGAGCGAGUUGCAGAAUGCCCCAUUGAGGUCAAUAUAGCUAGAAUGCUUUUUACUUCAAAGGAUUUCAAUUGCGGUGAAGAAAUUCUUACAAUUGCGGCUAUGAUUUCAAUACAAGAUGCAUUUGUCAUACCUGACGGUGCCCCCGGAGCGAUUGCAGAACUGGAGAGACGAAAAUUCACAGCUGAUGAAGGGGAUCAUUUGACACUUUUAAAUGCAUAUAAUGCCUUCACUAAAUACGGUCGAUCUUCAUCAUGGUGCAAAGCUCAUGCCCUCAACUUCCGUGCCAUGUCGAGAGCGGUGUCGAUUCGGUCCCAGCUGAAAAAAUACAUGACCCGCUUCAACUUGCCUCUCCAGAGCUGCGAAGGUGAUGCUAAACGGCUUCGGCAAUGUUUAGUCAGUGGGUAUUGGCGCAAUGGCGCCCGAUGGGUUGCAGAUGGAACGUACCGAUCGGUGAAGGGAAACAAAACUCUGUAUGUCCACCCGACAUCUGUGCUUUUCACCCGAAAACCGCGGACUGGGUGGAUUGUUUUCCACGAAGUGGAAGAAACCAAGAGGACACAGAUAAGAAUACUCUCAGAGAUCGAACCGGACUGGUUACUCGAUUACGGUCAUAAAUACCAACAUAGGCAUACUGCGGGUUAAUUUGAUGUGGACGGGACUUGGUUCUGGUGGCCAGUCAAUGUUGCCGUCCCACUAUUAACCUGCGGCGAGGAGACUGUUUAGUUUCGCGUGGAAUAUGACAUUGCACCUAUGUUGUGAAGUAGCAUUGGGGGCGUUGCGCUGAUGAAAAUUCGAAAAGCAUGUUGAAAUGGUUUGCCGAGCUUCCCCGAGUUCAUU